UAGUCGGGGUCAGGCCUGAAGAAGGAGAAGAGGAAAUACGCCUGCGCGAGGGUGGUACAUCGUCGACAGCCUUCAGCCAUGGCAACUACUCGGCGUUGCAUGAACUGUGCACUUGUCGCCAUCAUGCUGUCCUAUGUGCUGUCACGUAGUUUCUGCCCUGUUGUUGCCGAAGUGAACCGCAGGUCUUGCAAGACCAUUGGUUCGGUUUUACGGACUUUUACAACCUCAAGUCCUAAAUUCGGAGAAGCACCGGACAAUGCUUCAGUGGUGACCUACUCGCAGCUGAAGAGCAUGUUGUCCAACCGUGACAUUCAGCUAUUUGAUGUGAGGAAUCCUGAUGAACACCAGGCUGGACGCAUUCCAGAUGCUGUCAACAUCCCAUUGGGCAACCUGGAAGAGUCUCUGAACCUGUCCCCAGAGGGCUUUCAGCAGAAGUUUGAAGUGAAGGCUCCUGGGAAAGAUGACGCCAACAUCGUGUUUCAUUGCAAAAGUGGCAACAGGAGCGCCAAAGCAUUGGACAUCGCCCGUCAACUGGGAUUUAGCAGGGUGAGACAUUAUAAAGGAGGGUACAGUGAGUGGGCAGGGCAAGAAGGAAAAUGAACCUGGGCUGAAUUCUGCACAUUAUAGUCCCAUAUCUUGAUUAAAAAUACAGCUAGAUCAGAACUACAGAAUGUACAUUAAAGAUGACACAUAAGAAUUACUGUUGAGCAAUGUUCAGUUACAAUUUUAUAUCAUACUGAAUGUUUAUAAGUGACAGUUUAAAUUCACAUUGGCUGUUAUUUUAUAAGUAAAUACCACUUAGAAGAUUGCACUUCGUUGGCUUUUUAUGUUUCUUAACUGAUUCAACCCGGCCAAUAAGGUUUCUCAUUUCAUGCUCUGCACCCUUUGGAUUCCACGUAAAGAAAUAUGUUCUAUGACAAAACUGAUUAAUGUGAAAGUGCUUGAUGUUGAUUAAAUUACAUAUAAAACUCA